AAAUCUAACAGAAGGAAAAGCAGAAGAAGAGGUCCACCGGAAGUCGAAAUAGAUGCCGGAUGUGGAUAAAGUAAAAAAACAUGGCGGCUGAUAGCGAUCCUGAGUCGGAGGUGUUUGAGAUUACCGAUUUCACCACUGCCUCAGAAUGGGAACGGUUCGUGUCCAGAGUGGAGGAGGUGCUAAAUGACUGGAAGCUAGUUGGUAACUCAGCAGGAAAUGUUUUGCCCCAGAAGGGUGCAUAUACCAGUGGCACCUGGGAGGAGAAGUCUCAGGACAUAAGUUUUGCUGACUUUAAGUUCUACAUAACUCACUACUUCCUCAAACAAGAAAGUGAGAAGGAUGAUGGGAAGGACAAGCUGGAGGAAGAUCCCUUCCCCCUGGCAAUGCAGGACCUUCUGUGUAUGAAUAAUGAUUUCCCGCCUCGAGCCCACUGCCUGGUCAGAUGGUAUGGUGUACGAGAGUUUGUAGUCAUUACCCCUGGAGCCAACUGUGAGGCCAUCAUCAGUGAGUCUAAAUGCAAUCUGCUUCUCAGUUCCAUCUCCAUCUCUCUGGCUAACAGUGGUUGCCAGAUACCCACAUUUGUGCAGGUCCAGCAGAAAUGGAGGCGGAUAUAUGCGGGUGAGUGUCAGGGACCAGGUGUGCGCACUGAUUUUGAAAUGGUUCACUUGCGCAAGGUACCGAGCCAGUACAACCACCUCUCUGGGCUGCUAGACAUCUUCAAGUCCAAGAUAGGUUGUUCUAUAUCAUCUUUACCUCCAGUCAAUAUUGCCAUUCGUUUUACCUACAUUCUUCAAGACUGGCAGCAGCAUUCAUGGCCCCAGCAGCCUCCAGACUUUGAUACACUUCUUGGAGGCGAGGUUGGUGGUGUGGAGUUUGGAAAGCUUCCAUUUGGAGCCUGUGAGGAGCCGAUUAGUGAGCUUCAUCUUGCAACAACAUGGCCUCAUCUGACAGAAGGGAUAGUAGUGGAUAAUGAUGUCUACAGUGACCUUGACCCUCUUCAAGCUCCUCACUGGUCAGUCAGACUGAGGACAGCUGAAAACCCUCAGUGUUUACUUGGCGAUGUUCUGACCGAGUUUUUUAAGCUCUGCUGUAGGAAGGAAUCUACAGAGGAGGUUCUGGGAAGAGGAUUGGCUGACGAUGAAGGAAAAGAAAACAAUGACAUCAGUGCUGCUUUGUCCAAGCUGACAGAGCCGUCAACAACAGUGCCUAUCUCUAAACUGUCCGUCUCUAAUAUGGUGCACAGUGCCCGAAAGCAUAUCCGGCGCCACAGACGCAUUGACGAGUCCCCACUCAACACUGACAUACUGAAUUCUGUCCUUCUGUAUCUCUUCCCAGAUGCUGCUGUGGAGAAGUCAUCAGAGAAUGGAAAGGGUAAAACAGCCCAGGCAAACCCCUGUGGGAAAGCCGAGCACGAUAACCUUUAUCUCCAGCUGAAGUCGGCGCCCAGUGACAGUCUGACCUACCGGCUGGCUCUGUGUGUGUGUCUGGUGAACUAUUACCACGGUGGCCUGAGGGCCGUCGCCCAUCUUUGGCAGGAGUUUAUUCUAGAGCUGCGCUACCGCUGGGAAAACAACUACCUCAUCUGUGGACUCUCUGGUGGACCUCCUGAUCUUCGCUGCUGUCUUUUGCAUCAGAAGCUCCAGAUGCUGAACUGCUGCAUUGAGAGAAAAAGGUCCAGAGAUGAAGCUCGCAAGGUGCUAGAAGGCAGUGAAAAGGAGCGCAGGGUGUCCAGUGGCUCCCGCUCCAGACCAGACUCUGCAACUGCAAGGACACUUGGGUCCACCUCAACAAAAGAGGCCUCUCCAGGGAAAUCCUGGGAGUCUUGGAGUGAUAGUGAGGAUGAGUUCUUUGAGUGCUUUAGUGACCAGGGGGAGGUUGAGGCUCCACCUGCUGAUGAACAAAAGGAUGGGAGUAAAACUAAAGCGGAGGGCAGGCUGCAGCCUUAUAAUAACAUGACUCUCCUCAAGUCCCCUGAGCUGCUCUACAUCCCCAUCACACAGGAACCCGCUCCCAUGACAGAAGAUUUGUUAGAGGAGCAGUCAGAAGUACUGGCUAAACUAGGAACAUCAGCAGAGGGUUCCCACCUCCGCGCUCGGAUGCAGAGUGCCUGUCUACUGUCUGACAUGGAAUCCUUUAAGGCAGCGAACCCAGGCUGUGUUCUAGAGGACUUUGUGCGCUGGUACUCUCCAAGGGAUUAUGUAGAAGAGGAGGUUGUUGAUGAGAAAGGCCACACAGUGGUAGAAGGAAAGCUCAGCACCAGGAUGAUGAUUCCAGGCAACAUGUGGGUGGAGACGUGGCAGACAGCCAGGGUUGUACCUGCACGCCGCCAGAAAAGACUGUUCGACGACACAAAAGAAGCUGAAAAGGUUCUGCACUAUCUGGCGGUUCAGAAGCCUGCAGACGUUACUCGCCAUCUCCUGCCCUGCAUUUUCCAUUCAGCAAUUCUGAAGCUAAAGGAGGAAGAGUCAGUAGAAGAUGUUCCAUCAGUGAAAAAAAGUCUUCAGCAAGCGACAUCUCAAGGAAGCAAGCUGCUCCAUCCCACCACCCAGGACUACAAAAAGCUAGAGGAUUUCAUUAACCAGUUGAUUGCCAUGGAGACAGUCGUCACUCAAGCUCGCUCACUCAAGGCCAAGUUUGCCAUUACUGAGAGUGAGAAUGCAGAGGACGCAGAUGAACUAAAGAAAUUUGUGACCUCUCUGCUGGAAGAGCCAGAUGUGGAGGUGAUUGGAGCUGGCCAGAGUCCGACCGGCAGGAUCAUCUACAGGCUGUUUGCUAAAGCUCAAAAGCUCGCUGACUUCACCAGUGAUGAGGCUACCCUUCUGGCACCGCUGGACGAAGACAUGGAGGUGGACAGAAGACCAACAGGAGGAAGCAUCAAAGUGCCUGACUUCCCUUCCGCAGCAGGCCGGGAGAUUAUCUUGCGUACAUGUGUCCCGAGGCCAGCACCGUAUUCCAAAGCUUUGCCUCAGCGUCUGUUUUGUGUGCUGAUGAAGGAAGAAUUCCGACUGGCAGGGGCCUUCUCCUCAGACACUUCUUUCUUCUAAGAUGAAAUACAUACGGUGAUUAAUCUAAAACAAGGUUCCAUGUAAUGAUGAGCUAGAAAUAGGACUGUUGUCAAAUGACUGUUUGCUUGUAGCAGCACUUUUAACACAACGGCCGAAUAUAAUGAGCCGUACCGUCUGAAAUAGCCAUUAAGACGACACUAUAUUGAACCUUAAAACAAUAAAACAUGCUACUUGUUUAGACACCUAGUUAUCAUGAUUCCUUCAUGCUUAUCAAGUUGCAUAUGUAGAUAAGUUAAUGGUUAAGUCAUGAACUACUUCUUCCCCUCACAGUGAGUGCAUCUAUUCCUUUCUCCCCUUCCUGCAGAAACAUUUGAUUUGCACACUCCAAAACUAGGUUUUUACAUUAAGAUGUCGUAAAUAACAUAAAACACACCAUAAAACAAUUUGAUGCACAAAGUUGCAUUGUUCCAUUUUGUGAAUAUGGGCCAUGUUUAUUUUAAUCCAGCAUCUUUUGUGUAAAUAUGUAUAAAUUAAACAUUACCUGACUACAUGCCAGAUGUAAAAAUG